CACAAAAAGAUUAGACUCUGUCGUCGCCGCAACAAAAUAAAAACAAACCAAAUUUUUUAUUUCUGUUAAAAUAUUAUUAAUUAAGUUAAUUUUUUAGCUAUUCAGUGUAGUUAUUAAAAUAAUGCUGCAGCCAAAAGUUCUCACAUCGGUGCUCGGCCAAGCAAACACUGGUGGCGUAGAAAAUACCAUCCUGCUAACCCAUGAAGGAGCCCUGCUAGCAUUUUCCGGGUACGGAGACAGAGAUGCUACAAUCACCGCUGCCAUUGCCAGCAACGUGUGGUCUGCGUAUGAAAAAAAUGGACGCAAUGCCUUUCGAGAAGACCGGCUUCAAUACGUGUUUUUGCAGUGCGAAAAUGGAAACGUAAUUAUCACUCAAGUGGCCAAUCUGCUGCUUUGUUUGUAUGCGAGAGACAACGUCGGGCUUGGGAUCCUGAAGGAAAAGGCGCAGGCGCUAGCAAACUAUCUGGAAGGACCACUGAAGGAGAUUGCGACAUCCUAGGUAACUUUCUGUAUGUGGUUGGGUCGGGGAAAAAUACAACACGUUGAUUUAUUUGUCGUAUGAAUCUGGAA